AUGUCGACGGUAACAGUUGACCACCCUUCGAUAGGGUCGAUCCGUGGCCUCGAAGGGGAUGGGGUCUACCAGUUUCACGGCGUCCAGUAUGCUACAUUGAAAGACAGGCUUGCUGAAGCCCAAGUCAAAACAGCAUACGAAAGCCCCGUCGAUGCUACAAGCCAUGGACCAUCGGCGUAUUCUCCCGCCAACGGAUACGACAAUGAGAUGCUAUUUAUCCAGCAGUCGAUGCCCAAGCCCAAGACGGUGCAUUCCGACCUGGAAUGCUUGAAUCUUAACAUCACCGUUCCCAAGGGCCAGACUGGUACCGACCUGGGGAAGCAGAAGUUUCCCGUGUUCAUCUGGGUCCAUGGCGGCGGCUUUGUUGUGGGAGCAAAUUCGUGGCCGCAUUACGACCAUGGCAAAUUAGUCAAGCUUGCCAACAGCAACGGAAUUCCUGUGAUCGGAGUCGGGAUCAACUAUCGAUUGGGCUUUCCGGGACUACUGACGUCCGAGGAACUGCGGCAGAGGGGUUAUAAAGCCAACAACAGCCUGAUUGACCAAAGAGCCGCAUUCCGCUGGGUGAAACAACAUAUCGCGGGGUUUGGCGGUGACCCCGAGAACAUCACUGUCAUAGGCGAGAGCGCAGGGGCAGUGGCAACAACAUUGCACCUGUAUUCGAAAGAAAAGCUGUUCAACCGAGCCAUUGCCACCGGCGGCUCUUCUCUCUUGGUCCCCGUAUUCGAGCUCGCGGACCAGGAGCGUACCUACCAGCAGGUCCUCUCCAUCCUGGGGCUCGAGAAGAUGAAUGCCGAAGAGAGGGUUCAGAAGCUCUUGACGUUGCCCACAGACCAGGUCAUUGCGAAGCUACCGCCAUCUGUUGCCCUUCUGCCGACGCUCGAUGGCGACACCAUACCCGUCAGACCCACGUUCGCUUCUGUGGCCGACAAGUCCGACCAGAGUAUGCCCGGCAAGCAGUGGGCCGAGGGGCUAAUGAUUGGAAAUGGCGGAUUUGACGCAUCAGUCCUUGGAUUCAUGCUGGGCCACCUCAAGGCAGGCAUCAAGGACAAAUUCCCAGCGUCCAUAAAGGCGUCUCUGGCCUCGGAUCCCGCUCUCGCAGACCAAAUCCUCGAAUCAUAUGGCUUCACCGGCUCGUCUGCUGCUGAUGCCCAUGACAACGACGACGCCGCCUUCCUCCGAUUUCUCGAGUUCGUUAAUGACAUCAGCUUCUUCGGCGCCACGACGGCCUACGCGCGCGGCUGGCCCGCUUCCCCCACGGGCGAGUCGAACAUCUACGCCUUCUUCUUCAACGAGCCAAACCCCUGGCCGGGCGCUUACCAGGGCCGCGCCACCCACGUGCUGGACGUGGUCUUCCUGUUCCAGAACCAUAACCACAAUCUGUCGCCCGCGCAGCGCGCCGCGGCCGAGCAACUCGGCCUCGACUGGAUGAAGUUCGUGGCGGGCCAGAAGCCAUGGGAAGGGUAUACCCCGGAGAAAAGGUCAGCCAAGGUAUACGGCCCGUCGGAGGGAGAUGGCGCCGCAGCAACGAGCAAAGUCGUGGAUGCCGACUCCCUGGAGACUGGGAGGGGGAAGGCAAUUCUCGAGAUCGGCGAACAAAUUGGCUUCGACAAGUUGAAUGAGAUUGUGGGCAAGUUUCGACUCGGGCUGUGA